AGCAGAGACAUUAUCAUCUCAAUUUCUAAAAAGUCUUUUCUUCCUUCGGGUGAUUGGAACAAAUUCAAGUCUUCUCAAAUGACUUUCUUCAUGCCUAACUACACUUAAUCCUCUCCCUACAAUCCCUAGGAAGCUAUGGCACCACCAUUCGGAAGCCUGGCGCUGUUAGCCACGGUCGCCGGAGUUCUUGGACAGACUACUAUCAGUGACGAUAGAACUACUAUGACCGGCUCGACAGUCUCAUUAACUAAAGUCACAACUCCAACCGAUGCAUAUCAGUCUUUUACUACCCAGAUUACUCUGGGCACCGACCUUGGCUCAAUCGAGACCGAGACUGAUGGUACUUCUAUAGCUUCCAACAGCACAACAAAAUCUACAGUUAAGUCCGAAAAGAGCGAGACAGUGACGUUCCUGACUGGAUCUGUUGUAACGUCAACGGCAUUAUCUGGCGCGAACAUGACUUCCUCUACUACUUCACCCACGCCAGAAGUGACCAAUACGCAACCAUGCAAUAAUUAUCCCGAGUUUUGCAGCCGAAAAUAUAGCAACCUUACGCAAGUUGCUUGCCACAACUCCCCCUUUAUCACGCCAAACAAUUUGGCAGCAAAUCAACAGUACGAUGUUACUGCUCAGUUAAACGACGGUGUACGAUUUAUCCAGGCUCAAAUACAAUGGCCCACUGGAGGAAGCGAGCCUCAUUUCUGUCAUACGAGCUGCGAUAUCCUUGACGCUGGCCCGAUCACCGACUGGCUCACCCAAGUGAGGAACUGGGUCGCAGCUCACCCCUACGACGUAGUCACCAUACUACUAGGCAAUGGAAAUUAUUCGGUUCCCAGUUUAUACGUGCCAUAUAUCGAGCAGACUGGCAUACUACGGUAUAUUUACACGCCACCCUACGUUCCUAUGGCCUUGGAUGAUUGGCCGACUCUAAGCGAAAUGAUUCUGAAAGGACAAAGAGUCGUGAUGUUUAUGGAUUACAUGGCAAACCAAACAGAAUACCCGUGGCUCCUAGACGAGUUCUCGCAAUUGUGGGAGACACCGUUCGACCCGGUUGACCAGACAUUCCCUUGUACGGUGCAACGACCACCGAAUUUGUCCGAGGAGGAUGCCAAGAAGCGGCUGUACAUGAUUAACCAUAACCUAAAUAUUGAGCUCUCCAUCCUCGGCGCUGAUAUGCUAGUGCCCGCCCGGACGGAGCUGAACGUAACGAACAACGUGACAGGAGUUGGUAGCCUUGGUCUUUCCGCCAACAACUGCCGCGCUGAAUGGGGGCGACCGCCAAAUUUCUUGAACGUGGACUACUACAACAUGGGAGGGUUUCCAGGGUCCGUCUUCGAAGUGGCUGCUCAAAUGAACAAUGUCACCUACGACCGCCAAUGCUGCGGUAAGAACACGAACGGAGCGGGUAGACUACUUAGCAGCGAAUUCGUAUACCCAUUGGCAAUGCUAAUGGCAUUUUGGGCGUUUCUAUGUUAAAUAGGCUUUGCAUUCAUGGAGUCAUCGCGUGGGCGGCAUAUUUAUAGAGGGAGCGUAUGUUGCGUUCAAGCAUGCGUCUCGGAUCAUGGCAUUGGACACUGACGCGAUUUAUCUUCGGGAUUUAAUCUAUAAUUUAAUAGGAGUCAUCUUUCCGCAAUGCGUAUCGGGUUUACGAAAUAUUGUCGCUAUUUGUGUAAGGAGAGUUCACUUUAGAAAGUUUGUAGGUAUUGCACAAGAGGACAAAUCCACAGACAAAUAUCAACUCCUAUACUCGGAACGUCGUAUUAAGGCUUACGA